AUGCAGUUCAGCCUCUUCGCCGUUCUCCUCACCGCCACCACCGCCCUCGCGGCGCCCCGGCUCGCCAACCGCCAAUACCCAACCUCCGGGCUCCCAUUCCCCUCGGGCCUGCCCACUCCCACCGGCCCCUUCCCCACGGGACCUUAUCCUACGGGACCUUUCCCUACCGGUCCUUUCCCCAGCGGGCCUUUCCCCAGCGGCGGCCUGGGCCAGCUCCCGCGCGACAACGCCAUGGAGCCUCGCGGUGCCGCCAGCCACACCGGCAAGCCGUCUGGUCACCACCAUCAUCACACCUCUGGAGGGCCGAAGCCUACUGGUGCUCCUGCUGGCGGCAUCUAG